CCCACGGGCCUCGCCCCCGGGGCGGGGCGGUGCCGGGGGCGGUCCCUCGGCCGGCCACGCCCCCGCCCCCCGCCCCCGGCCCGGCCCCGCCGUGCGGAAGCGCUGGGCAGCGGCGGCCGCGGGGCGCAGGUGCCGCCAUGAACCCCCCGGCGCGGCGGGUGCGGCUGAAGCCCUGGCUGGUGGCGCAGGUGAGCAGCCAGCGGUACCCGGGGCUGCAGUGGCUGGACCCCGAGCGGCGCCGCUUCGCCAUCCCCUGGCGCCACGCCACCCGCCACCCCCCCGCCCCCCAGGACCACGACACCAUCUUCAAGGCGUGGGCGCAGGAGACGGGGAAGUUCACGGAGGGGGUGGACGAGCCGGACCCGGCCAAGUGGAAGGCGAACCUGCGCUGCGCCCUCAACAAGAGCCGCGAGUUCCGCCUGCUCUUCGACGGCACCAAGGCCACCCCGCUCCAGCCCUACAAGGUCUACGAGCUCUGCGAGGGCCCGGCCGAGGGCACCGAUGGGGACGACUACGGCUGCAGCGGGGAGGAGGACGUCAGCCAGCUCCAGAAGAUGACAUCUCUGAGCAUCAUUGACACCCAGCAUGGGGGGGACCUGCUGCCCCCCUACCCCUGGCCCAAGGAGGAGCCCCAAUUCAGCAGCGGCUGCCCGCUGGGGCCCUUCGUGCCCCCCGCCCCAGCGCUGCUCCCCGGGGAGGUGGGGAGCACCCACGGGACCCCCGAGCUGCCUCCUGUCACCCUCACUGAGACGGGGCCCUCCCUGGGAAGCCUGGGGCCCCCCCCGGGCACCCUGGGGCCCCCCCCGGCCGCCUGCACUGUGGAGCACGCCAUCCCCAACCUGCUCAUCAGCCCCCACAUGCUGCCGCUGACCGACCUGGAGAUCAAGUUCCAGUACCGCGGCCGCCAGGUCUGCGUCCUCACCAUCAGCAACCCCCACGGCUGCCGCCUCUUCCACAGCAGCCUGGAGCCCACGCAGGAGCAGGUGGAGCUCUUCGGGCCGCUGACGCUGGAGCAGGUCCGCUUCCCCGCCACCGACGCCAUCCCCAACGAGAAGCAGCGCUUCUACACCCACCAGCUCCUGGACGUGCUGGACCGGGGGCUCAUCCUGGAGCUGCAGGGCCAGGACAUCUACGCCAUCCGCCUCUGCCAGUGCAAGGUCUUCUGGACGGGGCCCUGCGCCGCCCGCCGCGCCGGCCCCAACCCCAUCGAGAGGGAGAAGAAGACCAAGCUCUUCAGCCUCGAGGGCUUCCUCAACGGCCUCAUCCUGUUCCAGAAGGGCCAGACCAGCACCCCCCCGCCCUUCGAGAUCUUCCUCUGCUUCGGCGAGGAGUGGCCGGACCAGAAACCCAAGGAGAAAAAACUCAUCACGGUGCAGGUGGUGCCGGUGGCGGCGCGGCUGCUGCUGGAGAUGUUCUCGGGCGAGCUGUCCUGGUCGGCCGACAGCAUCCCCCUGCAGAUCUCCCACCCCGACCUCAAGGACAAGAUGGUGGAACAGUUCAAGGAGCUUCACCAGCUUUGGCAGAACCAGCAGCGGCUGCCGCCGGUGCAGCCGGAGCCCGGGGCCGCCGCCGGAGCCUGGGCGCUGCCGCCCGGCCCCCUGCCCCAGUGACGGGGGUGGGGGGGGGCUCCCAGCGCCCGCCCGAGCCCCGCAGCCCUCCGCGCUGGUGGAACUGGGAGCACCCAGCGCCGUCGCGCCCCCGGAGCUGCCGGCGACAAGCCCACGCGUGGUGUGGGGGCUCCCGCGGCCGCCGUCGCCCAUCCCCGGCGGGGUGGGGGGGCUCUAACGGGCGGGGGCUGGAGCCCUCCCCAUAGUUUUGGGGAAAAACAGCAAGAAAAGGGGGCGAGGAUGGGACGCGGCCCCCCCCACCCCCCGCCGGCGUGGGGGCACGCGGGCGCAGCUCAGGGCACCCGCAGGGCAGAGCCAGGCACGGCCCCGCGGGAAGAAUCAGGCCAAGACGUGGGGUUUUAACUUAUUUUUCUUUUUUUCAGUUUUUUUUUGGUUUUAUUAUUAUUAUUUUUGUUGUUUUUAAUCGGUUCUUAAGAUGGCUACACACCCCCGGAGGGAACAGCAUGCGCUCCAGCCGUGCCCGCGCCGGCCCCGUCCCCGCGCUCGCUCCAGCCGCCGCCUCCCCGCGCGGGCCGACCUUAAAAUAAAGCAAAUAAAAACGGGAGGGGGGGGGGGGGGGAACCCCAAACGCAGCCCGCCCCACCCCCCCACCCCCAAAAAAAAAACCACAACCAAA